UGUCUGUUAUGGGGGACCAGAGUCAUCAUUCCAACCCCCCUUCGCACAUCCGUCCUGAGGGCGCUGCACGAGGGCCACCCAGGUAUCGUCCGGAUGAAAGCGUUGGCUCGGAGUUACGUCUGGUGGCCAGGCAUGGAUGACGAGAUCGCCAAAUGGGUAAGCUCUUGCCGACCCUGUCAGGAAUCUAGGCCAGCACCGCCAAUCACCACCCCAACCAAGUGGGAAAGUGCCAACGCACCGUGGUCACGGCUGCACAUUGACUUGGCCGGGCCAAUGCACGGCAAGACCUUCUUGGUGGUCGUGGAUUCGUAUUCCAAGUGGAUCGAUGUGGCCCUACUUCCCACGACCAUCACCCGCACAGUUGCCCAAGCCCUGACCCGUUUAUUUGUAACACACGGGCUGCCAGACACCUUAGUCUCGGACAAUGGCCCCCAAUUUACGUCUACAGAAUUCAGCCGGUAUGUCACCAACCUAGGCAUCCGGCACAUCCUAACAGCCCCCUUUCAUCCUGCCAGCAACGGGUUGGCAGAGAGAGCUGUUUCGUCAACAAAGGAGGCGUUGGCCAGAUUCAAUCAAGAGGACUGGCAUUCUAGACUCUCCCGUUUUCUCUUAAGCCAACACACGACCCCCUGUACAGUUACAAACAAGUCUCCAGCUGAGCUCCUAAUGGGCAGACGCCUGAGAACUGUGUUAGACAGACUGCAUCCUCACUAUUGCCCCGACACACCCAUCGGUUCUGACAAGUCCGAUCGGGGACCAUCUGAGGGGCCAGUCACCACCGGCCGAGCAGAGGGAACGGACGGUAGACCGGGACCAUCCACCAGAGACGCCAGCCUUGUCGACCAGUGA